AUGGAGCGAGCAUUUUGGGAAAAUACAAAUAGUUUAAAACAAACAUAUCCAUUUAAUAGUACAAUGAGUGGUUAUAAAGUUGAUUUACCUUAUUUUGUCAAAAAUGAAAUAACCAAUGUAGAUAUAAUUCCAUAUAUAAAUCUAUUAGCUCCAUUAAUAGUACGUAUUGGCAUGGAAUAUUAUAUUGAUCCAGAGACUAAAACGUGGUCAUAUGCUACAGGAAUAUUUAUUGACAAAACACAUAUUUUAACAUGCGCACAUAUUAUGGAUCCGGUUGAACGAAAAAAUCGCUUAUAUCCAUUAACUGAUAUUCGAUGUACAAAUUAUUCUGUGGCUAAAUCUCAUCUGCUCAGUCCUCAAAAUGAUCCAAAUUUGAAAUUAAAAAUAGUAGUACGUGGUAAUCAUCUUUCAACAUCUGAAAUUUCUCAACCUGAAUGGGAUAUAGCAUUAUUAGAAGUUAUAGAACGAGAUCAACAACACUGUCUAGAAAUGAUAUUUAAUUAUCCUUAUGUAUUUCCUGGCAUUUCAAAACAGAAAAUUUCAUAG